AUGGCGUCUUGUGACGACUAUGCAGUGGCAUGGAUCUGCGCCCUGCCUGUAGAGGUCGCCGCAGCCAGAGCAGCACUCGACAGCAUCCAUACCAAUGUGCUUCCAGGUCGAGAUCCAGACGACAACAAUGAGUACAUCGUGGGAAGUAUUCAAGGUCAUAAUGUAGUUGUGGCGUACCCGAAAUCUGGACUACGUGGUAAAACAUCGAUGGGCGAUGUGGCCCGACAGCUGCACGCAAGAUACACAUCCAUUCGCUUCAAUCUCGUGGUUGGAAUUGCGGGAGGAGUACCUGACACGAAGGAGGACAUUCGCCUUGGCGAUGUUGUCGUCAGCAAAUCUACAGCUGGCUGUCCGGGCAUCGUGCAAUUUGAUGUAAAUGGGAAGCAAACCCAACCUCAGUAUACGCAAGACCGAGCAUCAGAUCAGCCAACGCCAUUGCUCCUCACAGCCGUGGGAAAGGCAGAAACAGCCGCCAUCUUCGACGAGAGCAAAAUGUCCCAGUACAUGUCGGAAAUUGUGCAAAAAGACCCCGUCAUCUUUGCUCAUCCUGGCCCAGAACAAGACGUGCUCUUUGAACCGGAUUACGAACAUGCAACCACCGAAAGCGAGGAAGGCGGAUGCAAUCAUUGCAGAGCGAAGAAGGUCCGUUACCGACAGCCCCGGGAUGUACAGGAUCCUCUUAUUCACUAUGGUCUUGUCGCCUUCAGCGGUCAUUUGACGCGUCAGGGAGCGAUUCAGGACCGGGUCGCGAACAAGCGUGACAUCCUUUGCAUCGAUAAGGAUACAGCUGGACUGAGGAAUGCCGGUCGGUACUUGGUCAUUCGAGGCAUCUGCGACUACGCAGAUGCGCAUAGGUCCGAGCUCUGGCACGCCUAUGCUGCAGCAGCUGCAGCAGCGUAUGCCAAAGAGGUCCUUUCUUUCAUACCGACCGUGUUCCGGGCGACUCCAUUGACCGCAAACUCAUACUCUGAAGCGGCGCCUGUCCUUGACGCUUUGCUCCUAACAAGACCCGAGGUUGAUCGAAAGUCUCUCAUUGCACUGAAAGGACGCCGGGUCGAUGGCACCUGCGAAUGGCUCGCACAGCACCCGAAGUAUGAGAACUGGCUAGCAGAUGAGAAUCAGCCACUCCUUUGGAUAUCGGGUGGUCCUGGAAAGGGGAAGACUAUGCUGGCUAUCUACAUCACCGAAAUGCUACAGCCGGUGGUUCAAGCCGCCGACAAUGUCCUUCUCUACUACUUCUGUAGUGGUCGUGAUAAAAAUCGUAACACUGCAGUGGCUGUAAUGAGAGGCAUCUUACAUCAAUGGCUUGACUUUCAUCCGCAUCUGGCCAAAGAAGUCAAGAGCUCCUUCGAAGGCACGGAAACUACCAAAUAUACCAUUUCCAACUUUGUUUCGCUGUGGAGAGUCUUUCUUGCUUUACUUCAGCAGAGCACAUCUUCGCAGAUAGUUUGUGUUCUUGACGGUCUGGACGAGUGCGAAAGGGAAUCAUUAAGGCAGCUGCUGGAUGCCAUAGGGAAUCAUUUGUCCAAGACUGGAGAAAAGGCAAUGCCAUGCCUUAAGCUGAUUAUACUUUCGAGACCAGAGCCAGCAGUUCUGGAGAACAAACUCGGUCAUUAUCAGCAGAUUCAGCUGGACGCCGCCGACACAGAAAUUUCGCAUGACGUUGAGAGAUACAUCUUCGCCAAAGUUGCCGAACUGGCAUCCGAGCAAGACCUGUCCGAAGAUAUGGUCGCGCAGGUCCAGCAGACUCUAUUGGAUGGCGCUGAUGGUACCUUUCUUUGGGUUGGCUUCGUUGCCAACGAGCUUCAGGGCAGGAGUUGGACCAAGAUAGACGAGGUUCUUCGCAAUAUCCCCAAAGGUUUGGGUGGUAUUUACCAGCGGCUGCUACAGCAAAUCCCCGACAAGGAGAUUCUUAAGCCGAUACUCCAAUGGGUGGUCCUCGCUGCUCGACCUCUCACACUGGAAGAAUUGACCGUGGCUGCACGAAUCCAUCCAACUGGUAUACAUUCAGCAACGCAAGUCACCCGAAAUCGUCUCAAGGCCGGCGGCUUACUUGUUAAGAUCGAAGGAGAUGUUGUCAACCUGAUCCAUGAAUCGGCAAAAGAAUUCUUCCACAGUGAGCAAAUCCAUACUAAAGGGAUUGAUAUGUUCGCUGUGAGUCAAGACACCUACUGGGUUUUGUUGCAGACUUGUUUAGCACACCUGCUGAUUAACAAGCAUGCCCAUCUGAUUUCGCGAAGAGACAAUUACGGUCGCACGCCACUAUCUUGGGCUGUCAACCAAGGCCACCAGGAAAUGGUACAACUAUUACUUGACUAUGGUGCACGAGUCAAUUUCAAAGAUCGAAGCAGGUUGACGGCACUUCACAUCGCAGUCACUGGGCAGCACAAGGACGUUGUAUCUGUGCUGCUCGAGCAUGGCGCCCAUCUCGAGGCCAAAGCAGAGUAUGGUGACACGGACACGCCGUUGAUGCGAGCCAUUCUAGCUAACUCGAGAGAGAUCACGCAAGAGUUACUGGAACAUGGAGCACGUGUGGACAAAGUACCAACUGUUCUGGGAGUCCCUCCUCUGAAGGUGUCUUCGGAUCCAGUGGACGAGCGAGUGACAGAGUUACUUGGACUCCAGGAGCAAGUGCUUCUAGCACGCUUCAAGCGUUCAUCGCGAUUUGUCGCCAUGGUCAUGAACGGGCUAGGCCUUUCCCUACGCUUGCCUUUCUUUCUCGAGUUCAUGUCUUUCUACCUCAAAUUUGUGGUGUCCAACCGCUGGGAUACUCUUUCCGUGUUGCAGGAGCUCGUCAAUGAGAACAAAACGGACGAACUACGAGAAUGGGCCAAACUUUAUCACGUGUUCUUCUUGGGAUUGGUCGAAGCCAGGAACCCAAAGAGACUGAAGGCCAUGGGCGAUCUGUCAACACAAAUCUUGCAGAAGGUCGGCCCGAGAGAUCUUCAGGCAUUGUUGGCCAUCACAGUCUUCACGGGCAUGGAUACAAAACUCACAGCUAUACAACACAGAUGGAGAGAAGGAGAUGCAAUCACAGCUGCGGCAGUCGCGGACUGGGCUGCCAUCGCCUGUGACAGGGAUGAAUUAGAAUACUUCCACUUCGGCAUCCGAGAGUUUCUGAGCGACUUCGAUGGCUGCAUCCGUAGUGGAGACAGGGAAGAAAACGUCCUUCGUACGACUUUACUCAUAACGGGCUACUUCGCCAUGGUCGAGAAACAGCAUCCUGGGCCAAUUGAAUAUUUCUCCAGGGUAGUUGCAGAGUUCUUCGAGGGAUACAUCGGUACUAGCUAUGAGCUAGAGUUAUCCAGCGAUGCGAACCGGGCGUGCGCGAACGAGCUACUCAUCAUCAGCAGAAGUCGCGACUCUGCCAGAUUACGCCUUCUUCUGACUAGUAUUCUUCACUUCGCCCAGCAAGCCAACGAGAGGGGACAGGACCGCUUUCUCAAUGUGCCACCAGCAGCAUGCUUGAUCAUCUGUCAAGAGAAUGCCACCCCUGACCAGUGGCUGAUCGGCGAAGCCGUACCAGAGGAGAUAGCGGCGUUGAUAGCACGAGAGACUCCAGGGCUACCACAGAAGCAAGUCUGCAGGACUUUCGUGGAAUGCCUAAUCAUCGGUAAGCAG